UGCUGGUUUUACUCUCAGCUCAGCGCUGUAUAUAAUAUAGUAAUCACAGGCGCCUCUAAUCACACACACUGGCGAACAGAUAGCCUAGCCUGCCGCUGCUAACGCGCUGUACUGAGAAUAAAGGGGACCAGCAGCUGCUGAUGUGGGAUGGCAGAAGGGAAUGGAGAUGUUUCUGAGUUCCUUAGUCAAAACCCGCACCUGGCACAAUGGGUGGAGUCUUUAAAAGAGCACAAUGAGACCAGUAAGCAGUGGCUCGCCAGGCGUGAAUUUGUCCUUCGCAACUUGGAGACGUUUCCAAACCUCCAGCCGGGCACCAUGAGCCCUAGCCUCGAUAAACUCCUCUCUCUGUCCAAGGUUUGGGCCAACUCUGUGUUCCUAGGCUGUCGAUACCCCCAGCCUGUGGUGAACAAGGUGAAUGAGAUGGCAGAGGGGAUCACUGUGAACGAAGCUGAUGUUUGUGUUCACAAGACGAGAGGUGAAAUCGUAGGGAAGGGGAAAAGACCUUUAACUUCAGGCCCAGAUGCCGAGAGCUGUGUUAAGAAAGGCAGAACUGGCCCAAAUGACACUGAGAGUAAAGCUGCAGAGCGGAACAGCGGACGUCCAGUCGCUGCCGCCGCCACUAAAUCUGGCCCCCCGCCGGGGGCCGUCUCAGAACAGCAGCCUUUUUUCAACCGUCUUUACAAAACCGUGGCCUGGAAACUGGUGUCUGCUGGAGGUUUCGGACCCAACCUGGACCACUUUGAGAUCCUGCGUGCCUGCGUGGAGUCCUGCAAGGCCAACCUCAGCUGCGUGUUCGUUCCACUGAAAGACAUUCCCGACCUGCCCGCCGGCUGCACACAGAAGGAGGGCCAGGUAUGCGAACUGCGCUGCCAGACUGUCUACAUGGGCACAGGCUACGGCCGCGACGACUGUGCAGCCAGGGCCAUGGCCUCAAAAGAGGCCCUCAAAAUAUUCCAAGGCCGGAAGGUUACGGUGAAGCUGGCCCGGCGCAGGUUUCGUGGAAGAGACGUGGAGGACUUGGUGCUGCUGGAUGAGCAGCCACGAAGCUCAAUUCUGCCCCCUGCCCUAAGCUAUCCUUUCCAGGCUGAUCAGUGAUCAGUAGUGCCAGUAAAACUGCUACCAUCACACGUUAACCUCAUGUUAUGAGUUUUACCUUUUUAGAAUUACUCUAAAUUGCCAGUUUGUUGGAAACACCUACAUCGCGUAGGCAAUCAUUGGCCAUUUCAUUAGAAACAGCUGCCAUAUAUAUGUGUUUGGGCUACAGACAGAACAUGUAAACCUACAAAGUGCACCUGUACUGGAGAAGCUCUCAAAUCUGUGCAAAGUUGCAGUUGUAUACCAGUUGGCCGUAACAUUAACACCACCCCUUUGUUCAUGUAAUCAGCUCCACUGAUCAUAGAGUACACAUUGUAUAACAGACUGAAGGUCUGUAUCUGUUUCUCUGUUUACUUUAUUAUCCUCCUUUCACCCUGUUCUUCAAUACUCAGAAGCUCUCAGGACCACCAGUGUUUAUUUAUUUUUUAAACACUGUGUUUAAUCACUCACUGUCCUCCACUCUAUUACACACUCCUACCUACAGCUGAAACACCCUGUAGAUAAAGUAAAGUCAGAUAGAGAAGCGCUGAACAGUUUGUGUUUUUCAUCCUUUAUUUCAUCAGUGGGUAAAGUACGCCGCCCACAGGACACCGCCUACAGGACACUGCUCACAGGGCGCUGUCUAGAUAUUUCUGGUUGGUGGCCUAUUCUCACUGAGGUGUUUAAAAACUCCAGCAACUCUGCUGUGUCUGUCUUUGUUUUUUAAUGGCCAGAACUACCACUGAGUAAAAGGAGGAUAAUAAUGUAUACAGUGAAACAAAAGGACUACAGUCUGUAAUUAUUUAUAGAACUAGGAAUUGCUCUUUCGUGGUGGAGAGUGAGUGUAAAAACAAGAAGGUGGUGUUAAUGUUAUAUCAGUUUGUUUAGAACUUGCAGUUACUCUAUACAAUUAAUAUUAGGUUUAGAAGGAAAAAUGGAUCAGUUUUCUAAGCGAAACCAUAAGAUAAGGCAAAUGAAACAAAUGCAAAGCUGUUUUUGUUGCAGCCUCAUUUCUGUAAAUGACUUUUGAAAGGCUGCUGUUUUAUUAUAAUUUUUUACAUUUUAUAUCAGUGCAUUGCAUUUGCUGUAUCUAUCAUCCGAGUGUUGUCUUAACCAAAUCAGCAGAACUCCACCCGACAGCUGCCAGUUCUCAUGUGAGUAUUUCUGUAAGGCAACACAUAAUUCAGAUUAUUUCGCUCAGAUUGGAUUUAUCUUGAUGACUCAUUCAUUACUAUAAGUGACUGUAUCUGACUGAUGUAUGCGCACAUGAAUGUGUGUAUGUACAUCAUCUCUGGUUUUGCUGUGAGCUGCUGGUGCUGGUGUUGUGAUGAUUUCUGACUUCCCUCAAGAAUCCCUCAAGAACGUGAUGUUCUGCUGUUUGUUCGAAGGAAAACAUAAACAUUGUACUAGUUGUUCAUAAACAGAAACAACAGGAAUUGCCUGCACACAGGAAGUGCAGCUCAACACUGGUUCUGACUGCUGACAGAACAAAGCACAUUUAUAAAGCCAAAAAAUAUACAUGCAAUCUGAUCUGAGCAUACACAUUCAUGGCACUUUAAAUCAGAUGUAUUUCAUUCUAGAAGCCCAUAUUGAGGUGUCUCUGAUUUUGUGCAGAAAGUUUGAAUUUAAUUUAAGAUCUGUGUCACAUUAAGAAAAUCAGAUUUAAAUUCCUUCAGCCUGGAAAUAUAAAAAAAAACUAAAGAGAUCACACUCAGUACAGAAUUAACUUCAUUACAGUACUAAGCUUAGGUUCAUGUGUGUGGUCCUUCACAAAUUUAGAGGUUCUCUAUACAUUUCCAGUUUAAACUGAAAACAGAAAGGUUGUGGUUAUUUAUUUGCUAUUUUACGGAAAGUCAUGUCUCUAAGUGUAUAUGAUUUUGAAGGGGCAGAUCUGAAUCUGUAAUAAGUUAUUAACUUUAGGGCUGUAUUAGUUACUGGCUUUCUAUUUGAAAUCGGUUUUACAGGCUUGUUAUUGUGAAUGUGUGUCAUCACUCUAGGUUGGUUUGAAACGCUACUCAUUUAUUGUUUCUGCAGCUCUUUUUCAUUUGGACUCCUUUUAAUUCUAACAUUAAAACUUUACUUCUCUUUUCUUGAA